AUGUCUACCAAGAUGAGAAUCCAUGGUCACAAGAUUGAAGACAAUGAAGUCGUGGAGAAAAUCAUGAGAUCAAUGGCUCCCAAGUUCGACUACGUGGUCUGCUCCAUUGAGUCAAAUGACAUAGAGGAUAUGUCAAUUGAUGAGCUACAAAGCUCCUUGCUAGUUCAUAAGCAGAAGCUCAACCGUGGAGGCUCCCAAGAGCAAGCUUUGAAGGCUUCCACCUUCACUGAAUCUUCAAGCAAAGGCAAAAAGCAGUUUGACAAAUCACAGGUUGAAUGUUACAGAUGUGGUAACUAUGGGCACUGCAUAAAUGAGUGCUACACCAAGCUUCCUAAGGAGAAGGGAGAGAAGUUAAAUUUCAUUGAGAAAAAUGGGGAAGAAACAUUGCUGAUGGCGUUUCAUGUCAUGGAGAAUUUUGACCAAGAAACUUGGCAUAUGGAUACUAGUUGCAGCAAUCACAUGAGUGGGUAUAAACCAUCCUUUGUUAAUUUGGAUGAAAGCUUUCAUACAACUGUAAGCUCUGGAGACAAGUCAACAGUGAACGUGAUGGGAAAAGGAGAGAUUCAAAUCAAGACUAGAAAUGAUUUCAUUGAGACAAUUUCAAAUGUCUUUUUCAUUCCUAAUUUGAAAACAAACCUUUUAAGCGCUGGACAGCUUCAAGAUAAAGGGUAUAAGAUCACCAUAUUUCAAGGAAAAUGUGAAAUAUAUGAUCCAAAGAGAGACUCCAUAGCUGUGGUGAAGAUGUCACCAAACAGGCUGUUCCUGUUAAAGCUUAAGAGUGUAAAUACCUGUAUGGUUGCAAAGGAAAAUGAUGAAACAUGGCUGUGGCAUCACAGGUUUGGUCACUUGCACUUCAAUGGAAUAAGAACACUUUAUGAGAAGAAGAUGGUGAUUGGUUUGCCUAAAAUCAUAAUCCAAACUAAGGUCUGUGAGGAGUGUGUCAUAGCAAAGUAG